CGGGUACAUCCCAACAUCCCCGACGAAAGAUUCCGGCCGGCGGUGACAUGGCGUUGACAGAGUCGGGGGCGAACGCGCUGCAAAACGCCAUGAAAUUGGCGAGAGCCGCGAUCCAGUUAGACACGGAGAGCAGGCAGAAGGAAGCUUAUUGCGAAUACCUGAAGAGCAUAAACUUUAUUUCACAAGCUUUAUUAGAAGAUGCCCAAUCGAAAGAUGAGAUGGAGCUGGUAACACCUGAAAUGCAAAAGAUGCUGAAAUUGGCUGAUCAGUGCUUAGAAAGAAUUAAGACCACUGCUGCCAGACUUGGUAAAAUGGAAAAUAAGCCUGCAACAAGCCAAGACAUCAAACCUUCAUAUACACCAUGUCAUCGUAGAGUUGCCUCUGAUGGAGGAGGAAAUACUACAUUUUUAGCUCCUGAAGGCUUAAAAAAAAUGCAGACUGCAGAAAUGCCGAUAACCAAAAGAGAACUUACUCCAUUGGAAGAAGCAUCAAGACAGAACCAGAAAUUAAAGGCUGCUUAUGAGGCACGGAUGGCACGGCUGCAUCCUAAUCAGGGCAUGCAGAAAACUUCACUGACAUUGUCUCUUCAGCGACAGAUGAUGGAGAACUUGAUCAUAGCACAGGCAAGACAGGCAGCUCUGCAAAGAAAGAUGGAAGAACGAAGACUGAGACUUCAGGAAGAAGCCAACAGGAGAUUUUCAAACAGUGCCACACUUACUCCUGAAGAAGAAGAACAGAGAAAUGUGUACACCAGCAUUUUAGAGUUUGAGCAAGACCAUGAAUGGCCCAAACAAUGGAAAAUGAAGUUAAGAUCACAACCCAAUGACCAUGUUUUGGUAGCUGGCCUUUUAUCCCAAAUAUUGAGUUGCUCAGAAUAUCCAAUCUCCCAACUCCUGAAGAAACUGCAGUGCAAGAUCUACAACAAGCUUUAUCCGAUUGUGAAUAAACACUUUUUAGACCUGGCCAGUGUCAAUGAACUUGAUGCGGGCACCGGAUCGUAUUCAUCUGUUUCGCAGAAUGUGACGGCUUCACUCAACAGAGGAAGCAGGUUAAAGUCUUCCAAAAGCGCAUGCUGUUUGGCAUCUGUUCAAGAUCAUAAUAAAAUAAAUAAUGGUGGAUUAAGACAUAGUUCCUCAGUUAGCUCAUUUGCAUUCACUGAACAUCAAAAUGCAAAUUCAGAUGUUAGAGAUCAGAGUGGACUGACACAACAUAUUACAAGUCAACAACUUAACUCACCUACGACUGUUGUGCCAAAUUCGAUGGCUGAUAAAGACAGUCCUUUUGAAGACUUGGAACAUUAUGUGAUGAAGUUUGAGGAACAACCGGGAAGCAUUACAGAUAGCCUGAUGCAGGUGACAAACACUUAUCAUCUUCAUCAAAUGGAAGAUGUUUCAUUGCAAAAUCUCCUGAAGAGUAUUGUAACAGAUGUACAUAAUUCAAUAGAUAGGCUACUGUCCUUGUGUAUUCUUGCCUUUGAACCUCUCAACACUCCAACUGGAAAAGAUCAGUGUUUGGCCAGCAUUGAGGAAGCUUUGUUCCGGCCUAUCUGGAUGUUCCUUUUGGCUCUGUUUAGAAAAGUGAAUGUACAGAGGGAAGUAGCUCUUGAAAAGAGCAUGAAAUUGUACAAGAAUGCCAUCCCAGCAGAUAUUGGUGUUCCAGCUAAGCUUUUCCCCAAGGAAUCUGCUUCGAAUGAUUCCUACCCUUAUGAAGUGGCGGUGCAGGAGUUAAGGUUAAUAACCAAAGAAUACUGUCCACAAAAGAAACUGGAAUGUAUUGUAAGAACACUGCGUCUUAUCUGUGAGUGUGCUGAACAUUACUGCAAUUCUAAGGAGGCUGGUACCUUGCAAGUUGCUUCUGUGAUUGGUGCCGACGAUCUGCUGCCUAUUUUGUCUUACGUGGUGCUGAAGAGUAACUUAACACAACUCAUAUCGGAGUGUGCAGCUUUGGAAGAAUUUAUUCAUGAAGGAUACUUAAUUGGUGAAGAAGGCUACUGUCUGACAUCUAUGCAGAGUGCUGUCUCAUAUGUGGAAUCUUUAUCCAAUGGAUGAUGCUGUAGUUUACGUCCAUGCAUUCACUAUGAAUGUUCAAGAAUUACUACUUGUUACAUCUACUAAAUGUUUAUUUUUGUAUUAAAUUCACUGGAGUCAAUGCACUGUUCUUCAUGGUUAUGUAAAACAAGUUGAAGCAUUACAAUAUUUAGGACAGUCAUUUUGCAAUUGCUCAAAAUAACUGACUGUAAAAUUAACCUCUGAUUAUAGGAUUGUUAGGCUAAAAUUUUGUGAUUGUUUGAGAGUAAUGAUGUAAGACUGCACUGAAGAAGCUGAAAGAUUUUAUUUUUCAUGCUAAUGACAGAGAAUGCCACUCCGCCCUACGCCAGUAGAGCUAGACAUGUGCACACUCAAUCCUGCACCAGUGUAAGAAUUGCAUUUUCUGAAAAGUUAGUUUUGACCUAAGGUGCUACCAAGUUUUUAAGAGGCUAUUUGUUUUUCUAUUAUAUUUCGUUCUAAGUUGAUACAUUUUUUUAAAAAAAUAGUCAUAGUUAUUUAAAAGUGAAAGAACACUCUUAAUUGAAACCUUACACCACACUUCUAGCAUUCUAAAUUUCAAUGCUACUUUGCAAAAUUUUGAGUGUUUGUCUGAGAAAGUGGAAGAUAGUUAGUAUGAACACACAGAUUUCUACUGUGCUUAUGAAUAAUUCCUGCUUUGUUUCUGUUAGUUAUAAAAUAGUUUUGAUGUUUUUAACACCUUGUUUUAUAUAUCUAUUAUAAAUAUAUAUUAUGGGUGUGCCUGCGUAUACGUGUGUGGGUAUAUGUAAAGUUAAUGCCAAUAUAGAAAUAAUCAAUUGAGAAAUUUUGGAAAUAAAAAUUCAAGAGAGAGUAUAGGGAAAGGAGACAUAUUGUAAAAUAACACUCUGCUUCAUGUGUCUGAUGUCAUGAGCAAAAUUAGGCAUACUAGGAAUUAAGGGGCUCCCUCCUAAAACUCAGGAUCCGAUGUGUCCACUUAGCUGACACUGUGCUGGGAAUUCUCUAGAAGCUACAAGGUAAUUACCAGCUAUUUUCUCUCACCUGGUUGCGUGAGGGUGAUAUUAUGGAUUUGCUAUAUUUAGGUGGCAUAGUAGGCUGUUUGAAAUAGCCACUCAGAAACAAACAAAUUCCAUUAAGCCUUUGGGGAAAAGAAAUGAAAUAAUGGAAAUCAAAAUAAAAUAAAUUUUAAUUGUGUUGGCUUUUGAAAAGAAAAACAGUUUGAUGUAGUAAUCGUUUACCAGAUUUAUAAAAGAAGCCAGCAGGAUUUUUUAUAUGUCCCAUGAUGCUAGAUUUUAAAAUAAACUAGAAACCUUUCUUUAACUAUGCUGGUUUCACCAUACCUCAUUCACAUUAAUAAAUAUUAUUAAUUGAAUUGUGUUAAAAAGUUCCAGAUAUUUGAUUUUUGUAGUUUCUAAAAUGUUGACUUUUGUAUGUUUUAUAUGACUAGUUAUGGGUCAGUACAGUGAAGACCACAUAAAAAUCAGUUUUGAAUCAAGAAUUUCUUUGCUUUAACUCACUAAAUGCGUAGGUGUACAAUGAGACAGAAGUAGAUCAUUUGGAACACAAAAGUUAGCUUUGGUGUGAAAGUGAUGUAAUAGAUUUUCAAAAGCAUGCCAGCUCCCUAGAAAACAAGAUUACAGCUAAAAAGUUAACUCAUACUGCAAAUCACCUUCAAACCUGGCUGACUCUUAGGUUAUCAAUCAUUCUUAAGUGACAUCUUGUUAACUAGAGCUGAGAGAUUGUAUACAACAGUGCAUGAUCAAAUCAUAAGGCCUAGCUAUUCUUUGUUGGCAUUUGUACUGUAUAGCAGCCUCUUCCCAUUCCACCAAACUCACUUUAACCAACCAUUCAUAGUUUUAAAGAUCUAUGACAGGCCCCCUCUAAUUCAUCUUCACUCCAGAAAAACACGCUAUUUGUUCAUUCAUUCCUGGUGGCCUUAAUUAUUCCGUUCUGGUACCCAUAAAAAUUUCCUGCAUGUUUUCCAGCCAGCUUACAUUCCUGUUUAUAGUACUAAGCCCAGACCAGUGCAGCCUGAACAGGAUGCUCUACACAAUAACACAACUUCAAUACCUUUUAAAUGCUUAGAAAUAAAUCCCAGAGUGUUUUUAAUGUUUUUCAUUGCUUUGGUCACUCAACAGACAAGCUCGCAAGCGUUCUGAUGCCUUCUUGUGCUGCACCUUUAUUCAUCCUCAUUAGCCAUACCCCUCAGUGUGGAGGGGAGGACAAUUGAUGAUUUCUUCAAACUUGAGUAACUUCACAAGAAAUUAACUUUUCUUACAAAAGAAUCCGGAGCACUAUUUAGUGGAUAUUUUAAUAUUAGUGGAAAAUGGGUUUUAAAAGCUCAGUGGAAGGCUGCCUUAUUUACUGUCAUUUGUGUGAGUUUGAAACUUACAAUUCAAGAUUCUCAUCACCAUAGGAAGGAUUACUGAAGUGCUAAUUGGUGGUAUGUUCUGAUCUCCAAUCAGUUGUGAACUAAUUGAUAAAUAUAUCAUACACAUUUCAAAUAUUAUGAAUGAUAUUUUAAUUAUUCACUGUCAACAUUACAAGUAAACAAGAACAAUAGUAUUUGAAUGCAUAAAGAACUCACUGUGAAAAAUUCCUGAAAAUUUAUGACCACUUUGGCAUAUCUAUUCAUGUUAUGGCAGUAAUUUGACAAAUGACAACUGUCCUGCUAUAGCCUGAAGAGUGAAUUUAAAAAGAAAUGUUUAAAUGAUGUCAUCAGACAACUGAGACAAGGCAGUUGAGGUCAUUUGAAAAACCUUAAAAUUCACUAACGUUUGGAACUAAAUAUUACUCUCUGAUUUCUGAUUCUCACUAGAAUGAACUAUCGCUAUUAAAAAGAAUUUGUUGCGUAAUUUAUUGAUCAGUAUAGCUAAGACCAAUCAUUUCUAAUGCCCUGACCCAUUGCUGAUCCCAAAUCAAGACUUGCGCAUCGGAUUUUAGAGCCACUUAGAGGGAAUUGUUCAGCAGGUUUCCCAUUGUCUUUCUCACUGUUUUUCGUCUUCAAAUCACCUUUCUUAAGGCAUAUUGCAACUGGUGCUAAAAAAACCCUACCAACCCUUUACAUUAGGCACCUUCACUCAUUAGACACAGGUACCAGUGCUGCACAACAUCUAAUAUUUACAGGUGAUGCUCCAGUCUUCACUGGGCUAUCUGUGGGUCUUGAGCCCAACUCUUCAGACUCUGCUGAGAAUACACCACAGUCCUGGGAUGCAGGUGCCUUUCUGGAUAUCAACUUGGGAUUUUAAUCUUAUUUUCUGGUCUCCACUCAGCAAAACUGUAUAGUUACAGCCAUAAACCAUUUGUCCUUCACUCAGAGGUAGAAAUGGUGACACUGAAUAAAAUAAUCACUAUAUCUAAAACUACGAAAUCAAACUGUUGGACUUAGUUUCUUGCACAAGAUAUCUAGAAAAUCUGUAUUUAGGAGAUUCCAAAGUAAUUUUAGUUUUUUUUUAGGGAGUCCCUUAGCAAAGCAGCCCAGCCCACUUUUGUCACUUCAGAAAAUGUUGUGCUCUGAUUAUCUUUGAAUUCUGAAAUGUGCAAAACUUUGUUUCAUAACACAAUUUCUUGUCUUAAUUACUUGUGUUGAAUUAUUUCAUAUUGUUGACAAUAUUUGUGUUUUUUUUAAUGAAUGUGCAUUUUGAAACAGAUAUCCUUGGAAAAUGCCCAAUAGUAGUGAAUAGACAUUCUGGAGUUGAUAUUUUUGAAUGUAUAAAGCACUUUUUGUACUAUGAAAUGCAAUAAUCCUUGUGACCUAGGUUAUCAGAAGGGGCAAGAGUGAGAAAAGACUGAAGUGCCUUGUGGAGAUCUCAAAUAAAAUUGGGCUAAGUCUUCAUGUGGUUUGUGGUAGGUGGUAGUUAUAUCAUGUUAAUCGUUCAAAUUAGUUAUGAGUUUGCUACAUUAGUUAUUUUCAAAUAAAACUUGAAUUUUAGAUCCAUGAGUAGUAUUUAUAUUUAAAAGUUCAAUUGUAUAGAUAAUUAAAUUGCUGUCAACUUUGAAGUGAAAGUUUGAUAAACCUUUGAUCCACAUCUGAUCUGACUUAACCAUUAAAAUAAAGCCAAAAGACAUUCUAACUGUUACUCUCACAAUUCAGCUUUUAAAACAGCUUAAGUUUCUGUGUGCCCUAGUUAAUAAUGUGAAAUUUGCAUGAAGAUCACUUUUAAAGUUUCAGUUUUAUAAAAGGGAAGGUCUUUAAUUUUUUAUAUAUCCAAUAAAUACUUGAAGCUCUAUUUUCAAAUGGGUCUUUAACUAGGCAUGAUAUUGUACAAAGUUUGAUAAAGUCAAGUGUUAGGAUCAGCGAAGCUGUGUAUAUUUGUUCAAAGUUGAGUUUUUGUUUCUUUCUUAGCCUGUGGUUGUGAAAAAAAAAAUUUUUCCUGUCUGGUACAUGGAUCUUAGAAUGAUGCGAUAAUCUCGCAUAUGUUCGCAGUGAAUAUGUACUGUUUAAAUUAAUGUACUUAAUGCUACUGGAGUUCUAUGGCAACUGUGCAAUGAUUUUUAGUAUCUUCAGAAUAUAAGUUUAAUGACUUUUCAAUGGCAUACUUCAAGUUUAUAAACUAAAUUAUGCUAAAAACCAGAGAAUUAAGUUGUUGAUUUUUCUGUAAAAAGUUUUUUUUUUGCAAAAAGAACAUUCUGCUUAAUUUAGAUAUUUAUUCAAUAGUUGAAGUGCAAUCCUACAAAUGUAUACAUGGGCAUGGUUAAAAUAUAGGUUAUUGUAUUUCUUUUUGAAAAGUGAAAAUAAAUGUACA